AUUAUUAUUUUUCUGGUUCAUGAAAAAAAGAAACGAGGCAGAACCAAAACCAACCCUUGCACACAGUGACCUUCCCUUCUUCUUCGCAUGUUCUCGGAGCUCCGGCUCCCUUAACGGAGCCCCAGCUCGUUGCCUAUCCAACAUCUCCAUAUUCUCCGAUUGCAUGUGCUAACGAUCUCUCCAUUUGUUCCUUUUCCUUUAUCAGAUCUUCAAUUUCAUUUUCUGUUUUUAUUUUAAGCAAUGUCAAAGGCAUGGGGCUCCAUCGGCGAUUGGGCCUCCGAUGUCGAGCGUGAGGAGCAGGAAGCGGCCGCUGAAGCCGCGGCUUCAGCAACUUCCGGCGCGUCAGCUGCGUCUCAGAACUUCCCCAGCCUCCGAGAGGCUGUCACUGCCAAGCCUAAGAAGAAGAAGAUGUCUCUCAACGAGUUCCACACCUCCUCAGGUGGCUUAGGUGGCGGUCGCGUGGUAGAAGCGAAAGGCUUGACUCCUGACGAGAUGAUUCGGCUCCCCACUGGUCCUAAGGAACGUUCCGCUGAGGAAAUGCAGUACGGCCGUCUCGGUGGCGGAUUUUCCAAUUAUGGAAGAACAGGUCCGCCCCCGGGCCGUAUGCGUGACCGUGAUGACACCGAUGGCUCUUGGGGAGGUGGUAGAAGGCAGUAUGGUGGAAUUGAUGAGGAGCGAAGGGGUCCGCCUCCUAGGGUUUCCGACUAUGAUCAGCCCUCGCGAGCUGAUGAGACUGAUAAUUGGGCAAUGACGAAGAAAUCCCUUCCUUCGGUUGAUUCUGGCCGCCAAAAUCGUUACGGUUCACUCGGCGGCGGCGGCGGCGGCGGUAUGGGAGGUGGUUCUAGGGCUGAUGAAGUUGAUAAUUGGGGCACUGCUAAGAAACCACUUCCUACUAGAUCUUCUACUUUUGGUUCUGGUUUUCGUGAUUCCGGACCUGACCCUGAUCGGUGGAGAAGAGGAGGAAAUCGAGAACCGGAGCAGGAGAGGCCUAGAUUGAUUUUAGAUCCGCCGAAAGCUGAUGUAGGUGCUAAUGAGAUUCCUAAAACAAAUAGGUCAAAUCCAUUUGGGGCAGCGAGGCCGAGAGAAGAGGUGUUGGCGGAGAAAGGUUUGGAUUGGAAAAAGCUUGAGAUAGAGAUAGAAGGUAAGAAGACAAGCUCACACUCGAGCAGGCCUACCAGUUCACAUUCAAGCAGGCCUUCAAGUGCACAUUCUGCCAGGUCAGAGGGGCCGGGGCUGCAGCAGGGGUUAGAGAAUGUAAUUUCAAAGCCAAGACCAAAGGUGAAUCCCUUUGGAGACGCAAAGCCUAGGGAAGUGCUAUUGGAGGAAAGGGGUCAGGAUUGGCGGAAGAUUGAUCUUGAAUUGGAGCAUCGCAGCAAUUCCAUUGACAGGCCUCUAACAGAGGAGGAGAAAUUAUUAAAAGAAGAAAUAGAACAUUUAAAGAAGGAGCUCCAGAAAGAACUUACAGUCAAAGGUAAUGGGGAAUAUCAGCAAGAGCCAGCUGAUGAAGACCCUAAUUUACAAGGCAUAUUAUCUCAGAAAGAGCAGGAAUUAGAACAACUCACCCGCGGUUUAGAUAACAAAGUUCGAUUUGGUCAGAAAGCCAUUGAAAGGCCAGGUUCUGAGGCAGGGAGGGCUGCUACUAGUUCCUCUGAGAGACCAUCUUCUCGAUCUGGGUCUUUUGAUGAGUCUAGAAGCAUGGAGUAUGCGGAUAGGCCUAGAUCACGUGGUACACAAGACACAUGGACAAGGCCUGGUGAUGACCGAAGAGCAUUUCAAGUUGGCAGGGAAAGAGGAUUUCUUCAUAGCAGAGACUUUGACAGGUCAAGGUCAAAGGAGAGAUGGUGAGCGACUGAUACUGCUGAUCCAUCGAGUUCUUAUUCCAGCAUUUGAUUCGUUGAGCCAAAUAAUGUUUUGCCUCACUCUCUGUCUGACUCUUUUUAAUUGUUCUCUUGUUUUUUGCUCUGGUAAAUGGAGCGAGGAUAACUGAGUAGUAGCAUUGGAACACUUGCGUUAAUCUAUUGUUUCAUUUUGAAACACUGUACAAUUGCAUUCCCCCUUCUUUGGUCUGUUUUGAAAGGAGCCUGUAUUAUUUGGUAGGGACUCUUAAAUUUUAAUGAACAGGUGAACAGAACACCAUUGGACUUGCUAGUUUAUUUUUGUAAUGAUCAUCUUGAUUGUUACACAGCUAUUGCUUCUGUUAUGGAUACGAGGAAGCUGCUUUGAUUGAUGCAGUUUAUUUGCGUUA